UUUGAACUGGUUUGUAGAAACAAAAUUAAACAAUCUCAAUAAUUCGUCACUAAGGUUUUUUAACAUCGAGAAAAGUCAAGAAGUCUGUGGAAAGAGAUAACUUCAAACUUUCAACCUAAAUUCCAGAAUCCAGCGUAUUGUGUACUAAUAAGAAGUUUUGUAAAGCUCGUAAAGACUAAAAGAAGAAAAAGUAUAGAAAGUAAUAAAUAAAACGUGAUAGUAUAUUUAUAUGGCUUAAGCCUGCUCUCUAUCGUAAGGACGCAGCAAUAUAUAAAAAAUUGAGCCGUUUUUGUAAAUUGAAAAUGACCAAUGCGCAAAAAUAUUUGAGUACCUAAUAAAUUCGAAUAGUUCUUGUUAAUUAAAAUAAUAAUUGGAAUAAAAUGAAUAAAGUGCAGUGCCUUCGAAAUAUAUUAGAAAGUAAAGAAUUGAAUACAUUACCAAUUUUUUUAAAAGGACUUGCCAGUUUAAUUGAUGUUGGUGAAGGUAGUAAGUUGGAAUCAAUUAGUUCCUACCGAGUGGAUUCACAAUUUUUAUCUGAACUGAAGGCCCCUAUGCAUGGUGUUGAUUUCGCUUUUGGCAACUCACUAAGGGAUGUCAAAUGUACUUUAUUGGACGAAGAUUCAAGGCUUCAUGAAUUAUGUAUAACUUACGAAGGAGUUAAAAAGUUGAAGAUCACUUCAUGUGAUAUCCCGUAUGCGCCAUUUCUCGACCAAUGUUUUAGCAAUGUUGAAGAGCUUGUUGGUGCUUUCUUUAGACAUGUCAAAAGCUUACAAAGUUAUUUCUAUGAGCUUGAAAACAUAGAUAAUAAUUGUGUGGUUUUGGAUCCAAUCAAGCCAACUUUUAAGGAUAAUUUCAGAAAUAUUCGUAUUGAUGACAAAACUUGGCUGUAUGUAGAAGUUACUUUAGAUGGAUACCCUUCUAAUAUGCAUCUAAUAGGUCAGUCAGAAGUAUGGCAAGGAAAGUUACAAGAUGGAAUUUUAAAUUGGGAUCACGAUAAAAAUAUAGUAGAAAACAUUUCAUCAAUAUUUGAUUUAAAUGAUCUGUCAAUCUCAUUUAAAUCAUUUAGUGAACCUUUAAAGCCAUGUGAUGCAGAAGAGAAAGGUGAUAUAAUAUGUGGAAUAUGUUUCUGUUCUGAGCUGCCUGAUAAUCUCAGUGUACCACAGCCUUUAUGCCAGAAUUCAAAUUGUGAUGUUCACUUUCAUAAAAGCUGUUUGUUCCAGGUACUGUAAUGUGACUCAUUAUGAUUUGAACUGAACAUAAGAAUCAGAAUGGUUGGUUGCAUGUGAAGGAGGAAGGCCUCCAUCUUUUGGAAUUAUAAAUGGUAGCUGCCCUACAUGUCUUCAACCAAUCUCAUGUAGUAAUAACUGAACCGUUGGACAUGUACAAAAAAAGCUAAAUAAUAAGAUUGUAUUUUUA